CGGGCUGAGGGACGGGCGGAAGCUAGCUUUGCAAUAUGGCGGCUGAGGCAGACGGGCUACUCAAACGGGUGCUGGUGCCGAUUCUUUUACCUGAGAAAUGCUACGACCAAAUUUUCGUCCAGUGGGACUUGCUUCACGUUCCCUGCCUCAAGAUUCUCCUCAGCAAAGGCCUGGGGCUGGGCAUUGUGGCUGGGUCACUUCUGGUAAAACUGCCCCAAGUGUUUAAACUCCUGAGAGCCAAGAGUUCCGAAGGGUUGAGUUACCAGUCCAUAAUGCUAGAGUUAGUAGCAUUGACUGGGACCAUGGUCUACAGCAUCACCAGAAACUUCCCCUUCAGCUCUUGGGGUGAAGCCUUGUUCCUGAUGCUCCAGACAAUCACCAUCGCCUUCCUGGUCCUGCACUACAGAGGACAAACUGUGAAAGGUGUCGCUUUCCUAGUGUGCUAUGCCCUGAGCCUGCUGGUGCUGCUUUCACCACUGACACCUGUGGCUGUAGUCACCCUCCUCCAAGCCUUCAACAUGCCUGCUGUGGUGGUGGGAAGGCUGCUCCAGGCAGCCACCAACUAUCGCAACGGGCACACUGGCCAGCUCUCAGCAAUCACAGUCUUUCUGCUCUUUGGAGGGUCCCUGGCUCGAAUCUUCACCUCCAUUCAGGAAACUGGAGACCUCCUCAUGGCUGGAACUUUUAUAGUCUCUUCUCUCUGCAAUGGCCUCAUCGCUGCCCAGCUCCUCUACUACUGGAAUGCAAAAGCUCCCCACAGGAAGAAAAAGGAACAGUAAAGUUGAGCUGGCUACUGAAAGUACAUUCCAUGUUUCAUUCACCCACCCAACCUCAGGGCCCUUCUCAUCUUAACCAGCCUGCUGGUGUGACCAUUCCCCAUCCUUCUGCAGUUGCAACUUUAGUAGAAAUGCUUGGUUGUCCCAAAUCCUUAGGAUAGGAGUAGAGAUUUUCAGGCUGACAUUUUGACAUCUAUUGUGUGCUGUCCGGUGUAUUACUAUUGACUUGUUAAGUCAUUUGGCUGAGAUUCUUCCUUUAGUAGAAGUUUAUAGCUACUUAACUAUUCCAGGCAAAAGUCUUACCCUGUCCUCCCAUCUCCCCACUUCCCUUCUGGCCCUAGAGGACAGAGCCUGGACAGUGGAAGGGACUAGGCAUUUGUGGCUGCCUCCCUUCCCCAGCCCAACCCAGACUGUCUCCUGGACCCUGGUGUAGGGUUCGGGGGCAGGGGGAGGGGGACAGAAAAAUGACUCAGGCAGGGCCCCAGGGUUGGGUGAGGAGGUUCCUGCUCUGGCAGGUCCAGGCAGAAGGGAGUGGAAACCAUGCUGGUUCCUGCUGCAGUGAAGAGGAACAGAUGGGACAAUAAAGACUCAGAGACAUGGUUUAAUCAUACAAAA